AUGGUGCAGAUUCCAUCCGAUUGGUUGGGACGUCAAGUGCAAGUGGAACGAUCUGAUUGUGCUCGGUAUGUGGCCGCUGCCCCACCCGCCUGCUGCCGUCCCUGCCCAGCGAUCCUCUACGCGCACCCGCUGGCGAUCCGCGGGAGGGGGCGCCGGAGCCGCACGGCGCGGAGUGGGGCGACGCGAAGGAGAAAGCGGCAGCAGGAGCUGGACGCCGAGGUCAACAGCCUCCCGCCCGCCGCCGGGCCGCCCGAGGCUGCGCAGGAGCAGGGCAGCCCAGCCCCCCUUCCGGCAGCAGCCCCCCCUUCCGGCGAGCCGCGGGAGCCCGCCGGCGCCGCCGGGGGGGCGCCAGGGCCAGACGGCACGGAGUGGGACGACGAGAAGCGGCAGCAGGAGCUGGACGCCGAGGUCAACAGCCUCCCGCCCGCCGCCGGGCCGCCCGAGGCUGCGCAGGAGCAGGGCAGCCCUGCAGCCCAGGCGGCACAGUCGCAGGGCCUCUCCACGGCCUCGGCCGCAGUCGACAAGCAGGCCGAUGUGAUCGACGGCCUCCCAGUGCUCCCCGGGUGCUACAUGCGCAUGCCCACCGGCUGCCCGAACCACUACAAGAAGACGCAUCUGUGGCGCCACGACAUCAAAGCGGAGCAGAGGAACAUGACGGGGUCUCAGUGCCAGCUGCGCGGGUUCUACUGGAACGAGUACUGCGGCGUCAUGGACGUGAAGAUGAUGUUCAUCCCCCAGACCGACAGAGGCCAGGAGCCCAAGGGCGUGCUGGAGCAGCAGGUCAGGCCGAGGCCAGUCGCAGAACAGAGUCCGUCCGAGGGCGCCCUGGAGGAGCAGGGCACGGCCGUGGAGCAGAGGCCCUCUGACGCCCUGCAGGCGCAGGCGCCCUCCCAGGCGGCGACGGAGCAGACCCCAGCCGCGGAGCAGAAGCCCUCCGAGGGCGCGCAGGAGGCGCAGGCGCCCGCCGCGGCGCAGGCGCCCUCCCAGGCGGCGACGGAGCAGACCCCAGCCGCGGAGCAGAAGCCCUCCGAGGGCGCGCAGGAGGCGCAGGCGCCCGCCGCGGCGCAGGCGCCCUCCCAGGCGGCGACGGAGCAAACCCCAGCCGCGGAGCAGAAGCCCUCCGAGGGCGCGCAGGAGGCGCAGGCGCCCGCCGCGGCGCAGGCGCCAGUCGCGGAGCAGCAGCCGUUCGGGGCCACAGAGGAGCGGGAAAUGCCCCUCUUCCAGGAGAGGAGGCCUCGUCCGGCUGGGGCGAGGCCGUCACCACGACGCCGGACCGGACCGAGCGCGCGCUCCUCGGCAGGCCGCCGCGAGCCCCGAGCGGCGCGGGGGCCGAGGCCGGCGAGGGCCCCUGGGAGGGCGUCGAGCUGCCGGACCUGA